CUUUUUUUAUGUAUUUAUUUUUGUAAUGGGGUGUUUCAUAUGGAGGUCAAAUGUCAAGGCAAGUGACAGGAAAAUAACCCCUUUGAACUACACAGUUGCAGAGCCAAAGACUUGGGAAAGAGUCUUUACAGUCAUACGACAAGUUGUAAAGAAACAAUAAAUAAAAUUAAAUUUUAAUUGCAAUUUUACUUUUCUUCGUAGACUCCUAGUUUUGUUUAGUUUAUUCGGCUCUCUUUGGUCCGGCGACUACUCAAAGGCUCGUGCUGAUCGGGAUAUUUUUUUCAUUCUCGCAAUUACACUGUGGUGUAUCAUUAGAAGCGGGCGGUCGUACAGGGAAGUUUCACGGACAUAACUCUUUGUUUCAGUGUAGGCAUAUUUUGUGAACAGUUUGAAGGGUGAUUUAAGCUUCUAAGCUGUUUUCAAUAAAAAUGCUCAGACAAUUGCAUUUCAAUUUGACAUCUUCCAUUUCUAGUCAGUCAUAAAUGGGAAAAGAGGGAUUUGCUUCCUUGACUUAGUUGGUUUGUGACAUCAUGACACUAGAUGUGGUUACUAGUGCCUCCUCUGUUCCUGCUUCAGAACUCAUUUCUUACACUGUAGAGGCUAUCCUUGAGAUCGGGUUUGCUGCCAACAAUGUCUUGGUUAACAAGGAGAGUUUUAAGGAACUUUCAACUUAUUUACACAGGAUUAUCCCAGUCUUGAAAGAGCUGAAUAAUAAAGAUGUUGGUAAUUCUGAGAGCUUAAACAAUGCUAUAGAGAUUCUUAAUCGAGAAAUAAGAGCUGCGAAACAACUUACCAUGGAAUGCAAUAAGAAAAGCAAAGUGUAUCAAUUGAUGAAUUGUCGAGCAAUAGUUAAGCGCUUAGAGGAUGCAACUAGAGAAAUCAGCUGUGCACUCAGUCUUAUUCCUUUGGCCUCUCUAAAUCUUUCAACAGGUAUAAUCGAAGAGAUUGGAAAACUCUGUGAGAAUAUGCAGAGAGCCGAGUUUAGGGCAGCUAUAGCAGAAGAAGAAAUUUUGGAGAAAGUUGAAUCUGGAAUACGGGACAGGAAUGCUGAUCGUUCUUAUGCCAAUCAUUUACUGUCUCUCAUAGCGGAUGCUGUAGGUAUCUCAACUGAGAGGUUAGCGUUGAGGAAGGAGCUCAAUGAAUUUAAGAGUGAGAUUGAAAAUGCUCGAUUGAGGAAGGAUCAAGCUGAGGCAAUACAAAUGGAUCAGAUCAUUGCUUUGUUAGAAAGAGCAGAUGCUGCUUCAUCCCCAGGGGAGAAAGAGUUAAGGUAUUUCUCCAAGCGGAAGUCUUUGGGUAGUCAGCCUUUAGAACCUCUCCAAUCAUUUUAUUGCCCAAUCACUCGGGAUGUUAUGGUGGACCCUGUGGAAACUUCUUCAGGACAGACAUUUGAAAGAAGUGCAAUAGAGAAAUGGUUUUCAGAUGGGAACAAAUUGUGUCCCCUAACAAUGACAGUUCUAGAUACAUCAGUUCUUCGGCCAAACAAGACCUUAAGGCAGUCAAUUGAAGAAUGGAAGGAUAGAAACACUAUGAUUACAAUCGCUUCUAUGAAACCAAAACUCAUGUCCGAAGACGUGGGAGAAGUGCUUCAUUGCCAACAGCUACAGGAUCUCUGUCAACAAAGAGAGCAGCAUCGGGAAUGGCUAAUUUUAGAGAAUUACAUACCAAGUCUUAUUGAUUUACUUGGUUCUAGAGAUCGUGACGUAAAAAAUCGAACUCUCAUCAUCCUUCGCAUUUUAGCAGAGUAUAGUGAUGAUGCUAAGGAAAGACUAGCAGAAGUUGAUAAUGCAAUUGAAUCAAUUGUUCGAUCUCUUGGGCGUCGAAUUGAAGAGAGGAAGUUAGCAGUUGCAUUAUUAUUGGAAAUGUCUCAUUUUGAUAUGUUACGAGACUGCAUUGGCAAAGUUCAGGGCUGCAUUCUCCUCUUGGUGACUAUGUCAAGUAGUGAUGACAGUCAAGCUUCCAGAGAUGCACAGGAGCUAUUGGAGAAUCUCUCAUUCUCUGACCAAAAUGUGGUUCAGAUGGCAAAGGCAAAUUAUUUUAAACAUUUGCUGCAGCGACUCUCGACAGGUCCAGAAGAUGUUAAAAUGCUCAUGUCAACAACUUUAGCCGAAAUGGAGUUGACUGACCACCAUAAAGCAUCUUUGCUUGAAGGAGAAGUGCUAGGUUCACUUCUUCGAUUGGUUUCUGAUGGUGACAUUCAAAUGAAAAAAGAGGCUGUUAGAGCUCUUCGAAACCUUUCAAGUGUACCUAAAAAUGGAUUGAAGAUGAUAAAAGAAGGUGCAGUGGGCCCAUUACUUGAUCUUCUUUUCCGACACAGUUCAUCAUCCUCAAGCUUGCGUGAGCAGGCAGCAGCAACUAUUAUGCAUCUUGCUGAAUCAACAAUGUUUCAAGAAUCCAGCCAGACAUCAGUGUCUCUAUUGGAAUCCAAAGAAGAUACUUUUAUGCUCUUCUCACUAAUAAACUUGACAGGGCCUGAUGUCAAACAAAUGAUUCUACGAACCUUCAAUGCCUUGUGUCAGUCUCCAUCUGCAAGAAAUAUCAAGACAAUGUUAAUACAGUGUUCAGCUAUUCAAAUACUAGUUCAGCUAUGUGAGCAUGAAGAUCAAAAUGUCCGGCCAAAUGCUGUGAAAUUGUUCUGCCACUUGGUAGAUGAUGGUGAUGAAGCUAUCAUCCUGGAGCAUGUUGGUCAGAAAUGCAUCGAGUGUUUAGUCAAGAUCAUACAAUCUUCAGACAAUGAGGAAGAGAUUGCCUCUGCAAUGGGAAUUAUCUCUAACCUUCCAGAAGUGCCCCAAUUCACUCAGUGGCUUUUGGAUGCCAAGGCACUUCCAAUCAUUGUGAAUUCUCUAAAAAAUAGCAGGCAAAAUGAUCCAAAUAAGAGUCAGUUAGUUGAAAAUGCUGUUGGAGCCAUUCGGCAUUUCACUUCUACAGCAAAUAUGGAGUGUCAAAAGAGAGCAGCUGAGGCUGGUGUUAUUCCCAUAUUGGUUCAGUUGCUAGAAUAUGGAAGCAGCCUGACGAAAAAACAUGCAGCCAUUUCUCUUGCUCGGUUUUCAAAAAAUUCACUUGGGCUGAGUCGUCCAAUACCAAAGCACCGAGGUUUCUGGUGUUUCUCAGCUCCACCAGAUACUGUCUGCAGGAUUCAUGGAGGAUUCUGUGCUGUUGAAACAUCAUUUUGCCUUUUGGAGGCUAAUGCAAUUGCACCACUUGUGAGGGUUCUUGAAGAAUCAGAUCCUGGAGCCUCUGAAGCUUCUUUAGAUGCACUAUUGACUUUAAUUGAAGGUGUAAAACUGCACAGUGGUAGUAAGGUGCUUGAAGAAGCAAAUGCCAUAGACCGCAUGAUAAGAUUUCUGAGUUCCCCUUCUCCCAGACUGCAGGAGAAAGCCCUGCAUGCUAUAGAAAGGAUUUUCAGACUACCAGAGUUCAAACAGAAGUAUGGGAAAUCUGCUCAGAUGCCUUUGGUUGACUUAACACAGCGGGCCAACAGUAGUAUGAAGUCUCUUUCAGCUAGAGUACUAGCUCACUUGGAUGUUCUUCACGAUCAGUCUUCUUAUUUUUGAAGAUAUUUAGAGGCUUUCAGCUAUAUGAAUUUUAUAUAUAUAGUUGUGCUGAUGAAACAGAUGAUGGUGCAAAACUCUCUUCAAGGACUCAUAUUAUUAAGUGGGAAGUGGACAGUAAUGAAAUGGGCAGGGCUUUUAUGAAAGGAGGAGGAAUAAGAAAGGCAUUGUGGAAGGAGAGACAGGAGGAAAUUGAGUUUUUAUUGGGCAGUCUUUGACUGAUUGAGGAAGAGAGUUGGCAUAUUGAAAACCAUUGGACGUGAAAAGUCUAGCCUCUUGAUUAGCUAGUUAAUAUUGAGAGAGAUAUUGGCCUUUCAAAAGCCAGAGUAGGAAGGGGAAAUUGUUAAUUAUUCAUUCUUCUUUUCGUUACUGUUUUGUGUGUAAAGCAAUAGUGACUCUCAUCCAUUGUAAAGCUGUUUGAAUUAAUACAGAUUUAUUGUCUGUUCUCACUUA